AUGUUACCGUUAGAAUUCCCUCACAGAUCUCUAGUUUCCCUCCCGAUAUUUACACUUCGCGCUCGAAAAUUGAAGUACAAGAAGACACACAAGCAAACAACUGGUCACCGUCUUUGCCGCACUCUUGCUGCAGCGGCCGCGUCGCGGCUCAUCGCGCUGGAGCGCACGGGUUCUGCUGUUUCCAGUUCUGGAAGAUUCACUCCCAUUCGUCUUCACGUUCCAUCUGAUUUCUCUUUGGGUCCUAUUUUAAUUGAAAGCACAUCGAAUAUCCCUCAGAAAAUACGAACUGAUUCAUUCUGGUUCUUCUGA